AUGAACUUGUGCCGACGGCCAAAUCGUGCCAACAAAAUAAACAAGUUGAAACCGCCGUCGCCGUCGCCCUCACCUUACGGGCGGAAGGCUGUGUGGCCGGCCGGCGGGGGCUCCGGCGUCGGGCCUAAACCACCGACGGUCGACAGUCAAACGCGCUGUCACUGGGGCGCAACAAACGGCCGAAAGCGAGGGCCAGUCUCCCAACCGGAAAGCCGUUUCUGCGGGUCUUUUUUUGCCAUUUAA